UGCUAUCAAUCGAAUUUGGGAAGAACACAAAUCUUCGCAACAAAAAAGUUCCAUGGGAAGCCGUUCAAGAAAAUCACGCCACCGUAAUUCCUCCCCGGAGCUGUCGACCUCCUCCGCCGAUACUUCAUCCUCAUCCGCCGCAUCGUCUUCCGAGGAUGAGCUCGAUUCUUCGUCGAAAUCACGGAAACGACGUCGUGGCAAGGACCGUCACCGAGAGGAGAAGCGGAGGAGUAAGAAAUCGCGAAGAGAUGAGGAGAAGAGUAAGAAGAGGAAAAAACACAGCAGGAGAGAUAGAGAGAGGCAUAAACGAAGGGAUAGGAGAAAGCGGAGGUAUGAUUCGGAGGAUGAGAGCGGCUCCGAGUCGGAUUCCGAGCUGGAAAGUCCGGAGAGCGUUGUUAGGUUUAUACUAAAGGAAUUUCCUGGCGUUGCUGGGGAUUUGGAGCAGCUUUUGCGAAUGAUUGACGAAGGACAAGCCGUUGAUAUAAGGGGAUUAUCAGAAAAGUCAUUGGUCAAGCAUCUUCGGAGGCUGUUCAUCUCCUUAAACCUCAAAGAAAAUGGUGAUAAAGUUUUUCUACUGCCAGAUAAGGCGAGCCCUACGCUAGAUAUUGUUGGUCCAGUUAUCCUAUCUUAUAAUCAACCUCAUAAAGUGGAUGAACAUCUAGAGUCACAUAAAGAGGCAAAAUCAGUGCCACCAGUACCAGAAAUGGAGCCUGUGACUAACAAUGUGGAUGAUAAGAAGGAAGAUCAUGUUGGGCCAAGAAGGAGCUUAACAUUUAUUGAUUGGUGA